CCUGGGCAGGUUGAAAGGGCGCAGUGAAGUACGUCAAAAUUGAACAUGCACUUAUAGUGUAGAAGUUCCCAAUAAUCUGAUAGCGGCCCCUUGGAAAAUGGUCGACUGCAUCGAGAAAGCUGGCAAAGAGCUGAACGUGAACAAUCAGGACAUCGUCAAGUAUCUGUGCGGCAUCGAGGAAGAAAGAAGGAAUUUGGAGAACAUCAUCCAAAAGCAGUAUCAAGAACGAAAAAAAAUCGAGGCGGACAUAGAAAGACUGACCUAUAAGCUGUGCCUGAUCAACAAAAGCCUCUCGAUGCGAAUCAAGGCGAAAAACAACUACGACAAGACCAUAGAGGAAAUCAAAUCCCACUACGACAAGCUGGUGGACAGUUCCAACAAGUUGAAGCAGAUCGUCGAGAAAAGCCAACAGGAACUAGACGAUAUCAUGAACAAGAAAACUGGCACGUCGGGCCCUGAAGGCGAGGAAGUGCAGAUGCUGUAUAUGAAACCCACUGAAAAAGCCAGUCUAGGCGAUUGUUCGUGCACAUACGCGCCUGAAAAACCGACCAAACAACAGGCCGCAGCAACCAACGGCACCAACGCGCUUAGUGAAUCGAAGCAUUCAGCAACCGACCAGAAAUCUACGGGAGAUGCAGAUAAUGCGAAAACACUGACUAGUAUGGGACAAAUUACUGAUCCCAAUCCGGCCAAUGGGAACAAACCGCCUGGGUCAAAAAACAGCAGCUUAACGCCAGGGCGCAGCGACCUGUCGGUUCCCAGCACCAGGGCUGCUUCGUACAGUUCAAGAAGGAGCUCCACAGACCCUUCGACCAGCAGGGAAGACAGAUCCAGGCCCGCUUCCCAGGUUCCUGCUGCUAUGCCCAAGAUGCCGGCAAUUGAGAAUAGUGAAACCACUACAGUGUACCAUAUGGAUAAACGAAAUCGAUUGCCCGAACAGACCGAUGACAGGUCGAAGAACUUACUGCUUUCGCGCCUGAAGACCAGCAUUUCGAAAGGCUUUCCUGCCAGCGUCGCCACCCCCAGAGAAUCCAAAACAGUCGCGGAACGCAACCCCUCGAGUAUAGAUCACCGAGUGUCUGAUGCACAGGCAAACAAGCUACAAAAGCGCAGCCUGCACGACAUUUUAUCUGUUGAUUCUUCGCCCGAUGCUAAACAAGACUUUUCUCAGAUUCUGUGAACUAGAGACGAAGCGUUUGGGUUUUCAGUAAACAGCCCCAAACCCUGA